AUGAGCAAAGCAUACCUGCCGGAGCUAAAAAAAUUUAUGGACAAAAAACUAUCAUUGAAAUUAAAUGGUGGGAGGCCCAUCCAAGGAAUAUUGCGGGGGUCUGAUCCAUUUAUGAAUCUUGUGGCUGAUGAAUGUGUAGAGAUGGCACCAGGUGGCCAACAGAACAAUAUUGGAAUGGUAGUGAUCCAAGGAAACAGUAUCAUUAUGUUAGAAGCCUUGGAACAAGUAUAAGGAAUGAAACACCCAAGAUGCCAUGGGUCUCCUCUGAUCCUUUACAUUCUGAGGAGCCUCCUUUUUUUUUAUUUGAUACAUAAGAUAUCAUUGUAUAUUCUUUGUUUAACUUUUUAAAAAUAAACUUUUUGUAAGAUGUUUAGAUAUUUUCUUUCUCUUGGGUAAUCCUAUAAGGAAAACCACAUAGUAACAAUGCCUUUUAAACAAUUCUUCAGUUUUGUUUGAUGCUACAAGUUAAGGAUAAUCAGCGAGUACCUUUAAAUUUAAAAGUACUAAACUGAAACCCAGGAAACUAUUUACAAAAGUAAUAUUUUGGCCAUUUUGGCUUUUGUAUUCAUAUUUCUACAGGUAAAAUAAAAAAUACUGGACAGAGAAAAAUACUUUUAGGGGUGCUAUUUGGUUGAAAAGUCACAUAAACUGAGAAUUUUAGAGAAAUGUUACCUUUUUGGUUUUAUUUGGGGGAGAAGGGUAUAAAAAUGACAAUAAAUACUUGUUGGGUUAGUCCAGGAGAGCAAACACUGGGCCCAAUAGACUGUAAGCUCCUUGAAGGCAGUCAUUAACUCAUUUUGUUUCUGUAUCUCCAGAACCUAGAACAGUGCCUGGCACAAAGAAAUAUACAUUGAACUGAACUGAAUUCAGCUAAAUUGAAUUGAAUUGAGGGCUUUCGUCAGCAUUUCUUCUGGAAAGGAUAAAAGUUGAACUUCUUUAAAAUAAAAAAU